UGCGGGAUGCAUCUGUCGACGGGAAGAAGCAAGCGUCAUCCGUUUCUCAAUUGGGCUUUAAUAUCCGCCCAGCACGGAACAAGCUGCGACUCCAUCUUCAACCGAGGCUCCCCCACCCGCACUGGUCGCCAAGACGGCAAUCACAAGGAUUGUGGGCGUGAUGCAUCCGAGUCACUCGUGCAUGAGCGAUGAAUACACACGAGGCUGCUAUAAGCCUGCAUUUUCUGCAGGUGGGUGCUCGACAAGCUUAUCCUCUGCGUCACAGAACAUGCGCAACCCUCUGACUCUCCUUUCCUUUGCCAUCACUGCUGUGGCUGCUCAGAGCUCCUCCUCUGCUGUGUCGACCUCGUACGCGAGUGGCGCAGUUGCAAGUGGCAACGCAACUGCCACGAGCCUAAACAGCACCGCGGCCGCCGGCCCUUACUGGCACACUUUCAUCAACGACACGAUUGCCAACGCUACGCUGUGGCCCAAGGCCCGGACCAUCGACUUCAACAAGGUGUCGCUCGCAGGCUACCGCUCCAACGAGCUCCGCGGGGCUGCGGGAUCGUUUGCCAAUCUCACAGCCGAGGAGCGGAAGGCAAUCGUUGACGACUUUCAUGCACACAACAAGACCUUGCGUGUCUCUGCUUUCGGGGCCAACGACAACGUAACAUCUAACGGGACGGAUCCCGAGGUCGUCGCGACCAACCUUGCAGCGUACGCGAAGCAGAACGGUCUAGACGGCGUGGACAUCAACUACGAGGACCGCGGCGCAAUCGCCAACGGCUCGGCGGUGGACUGGCUCGAGACAUUCCAUGCAAAGCUCGUAACAGAGCUCGGCGAAGGCAGCGAACUUACAUACUCGCCCGUCGGCAGCUUCUUCGGCGGCUCGGACGCGCCAUUCGUCCGAUUCCUGUCAAACAAGAAGAAGGACGUCAAAUGGCUCAUGAUCCAAUUUUACGACCGGGGCCGCUUCAACUGGACAACGCCUGAGCAGCUGUUUGAGACGACGGGCCAGGAAGAGUUCAAGUCGCGCGCCGAGAUUGCUCAGCUCUUGGGCGGCGAGUGGACGGAGAACGAUCUCGUUGUCCAGAAGCCGCUUCAGGAGAAUCAGCCCGGGCGGAUGAGCGCCGAGGAUCUGGCCGCUGCAUUCUGUGCCAAGAACGAGACGCUUAACGGUCUCUCCGUUUGGCGUCUCAACUACGCCAACGUCACGACUGCUAACGACUACCUUGCGCGCGUGCGCACCGCGGCCACGUGCAAGGACGGUAAGCCCGCAUCACCCGUCGCAAACGUCAGUAGCCCCAACGCCUCGGCUCCGGCAACCACUGGCACGGGUGGUGCAGUUGUAGUCAGCUUCAAUGGCCUCACUGCAGCCGCCGGGAUCAUUGUAGCCUUGGCGGCCUGCGCUCUCAUUCUGUAGCAGAUACAAGUAGCGGGUCGACGAGAAUGCAUCCGGAAUCACGACUUGUCAGCCUACUCAAGGGGGUUCUCGAGGAAGCCAUGGGCAGUGCGCCAGCCCCGGCCAGUGAUGUACGCCCGGCCGUCCCGAAGGGUGCACGUGAGGGCGCCACCACGGGCGCUGAGCUGGUGUGCAUCGAUUGUAGCCGUCUUGACAUCGGUUCCUGACGGAAGAAGAGCUGCUGCUGACUCGGUGCCCGGCCCACUGAGAUAAAAGCCGGUGAGAAUAGCCCAAGCCGAGCCGGUCUGAUAGUUCAGCG